UUUCCAAUGGCUGGCUCUCUUUCUUCGUGUUUCCGCAGUAGUAGUGACUGGUCGUAUUUGUGCGUCGCCGCCGCUCGACUUGUGCCGUAUAAUCUCAUUCGUACGAAAAGUAUAUUUUCAAACUCGUACUUUUUUCUCCUCGACACCUUUAAGCCACGGACGAGCUAUGACUGCUACAGGUGUUUUAUCUAAGGACAUCCUCAGCCAAAUACGCAGUAAAUUCUACUCUGAUCCACGGAAUCUUCAGGCCCAAAACGUCUGCGCCCGAAUCGAUCCUUUCGAGGCUUGUCUCUCGCGCAAAACCGUCGAAAAUACGAACCAUGUGUUCCAGCAUAAAAUUGAGACCGAGGGAAAGCCAGUUACGAAUCAAAAAAAUACCGGACGCUGUUGGCUUUUCGCCACCCUCAAUGUCAUUCGAGUACCCUUUGUUAAGCAGCACAACCUCGAAGAAUUUGAGUUCAGCCAAAACUAUCUAUUCUUCUGGGAUAAGAUCGAGCGAAGUAACUACUUCCUGAACAACAUCGUGAAGACGGCGAAGCGUGGCGACACCGUGGAUAGCCGGGUCGGUUUGUUUUUACUCUAACUUCUUUUAUAUUUUUCAGUUAUAUGAUUUAAUGAAUAUUAAAUAGAACUAUUAAUAUCUAUUAAUAUCAAUCGCUAUGGUCUCAUGCCGAAAGUCUGUUUUCCCGAGAGCUUCUGCUCGGAGGCAUCGGCACGCCUUAAUGCCCUGUUGCGGAGCAAACUGCGGGAGUACGCCCAUGCGCUGCGCAUCCUUGUCAGUUCUGGAGCUUCGGACCAGCAGAUCCAGGAGCGCAUUUUUGACCAGAUGACGGUCAUAUUCCGCAUAGUUGGUAUAUGCCUGGGUGUACCACCGGAAACCUUCGUCUGGGAGUACUAUGACAAAUCAAAGAACUACUGUAGCGUAGGCCCGGUAACGGGGCCCGAGUUCUAUGAGAAGUAUGUAAAGCCAUACUUCAACGUCAAUGACAAGGUCUGCCUCGUAACAGAUCCUCGCUCAACGAAUCCCUUUGGUAAGAUCUACACGGUCGAUUGCCUUGGCAAUGUCGUGGGCGGGCGGCCCACUAUCUACAACAAUCAGCCUCCCGAGCUGUUGAUGAUGCUCUGUGCCGAAAGCAUAAAGAACAACGAGCCUGUAUGGUUUGGAUGUGAAGUUUCGAAGAGGUUCAGCAAUAAGGCCGGCAUAGAGGACAUAGGUUCCCACGAUUUUCAGCUCAUGUUUGGCACUGACAUUCAAGUCGUAAUGUCGAAGGCAAACAGAUUAUUAUACGCCGAGUCCUCUAUGUCUCAUGCAAUGGUCUUCACCGCUGUAUCCUAUAAUAAGGAAGGUCAAAUCUCAAAAUUCCGUGUUGAGAACUCUUGGGGAGAUGAUCGUGGAGAUAAAGGAUAUCUUGUUCUUUCUUCCGAGUGGUUCAACGAAUUUGUUUUUGAAGCAGUGAUCGAUAAGAAGCACGUACCCGCUGAAGUGUUAGAAGUUUUUAAUCAAGAGCCAAUUGUUUUGCCAGCAUGGGACCCAAUGGGCACACUUGCACAGUGAUAAAUUAUAGGACUCUUAAUUGUACAUGUUAAAAAAUAUUUUGUAAUUGAAGUGAACUAUUAAUCCAGAAACAAAUGACUCAUUCAAAUAUAAGUGAUAUUUCUUUUAAUAAAUUUCAUACAAAAAAUUUGGUACUUAAAGCUUGGAAAACAAUGUUUGAAUUAUUAUCAUUAAUAUAAAAAAAAAAUUUCAUUAAAAUUAGUAAUUGUAAUUGAAUGUCACAUAAUGUUCAAUAGAUUUUGUAUAAUCCAACGUAAAAACAAGAUUGUCAUUUAUAUGAAUAUUAUGUAUAUGAAAAGGAAAUAGAUAAAUUUAUCUAUCUCAUUGAGAUGGUGAGCUAAAUGUCACUAUAAGCAUUUACGAUGCAUUUUUUACUUAUGAAAUUAAUAUCGAUAUAAUAAUACUUCAGUGGUUUAAAUAAGA